CUGCCUGCGGGGUCCUGACAGCGGCUUUCCCCCCACGUGGCAUAGGUACGCCUGCACAGUGUGCGCCCACCGCCCCGUCUUCGACACGCUGGACGUGCUGACGGUCCACAGGGCUGGCAAGAAGCACACGGGCAGCCUGCAGCGCUUCUACGGCAGGAAGCGCUCGCUCCAGGACGCGGCCCAGAAGCGGCGGCAGGAGGAGGAGGUGCAGGCAGAGGAAGCAGGCGUGCAGGGCUCCCCAGCCCCUCUUCUGGCACGGACGAGGAGGAUCGCCUGGAGUGCUCUGCUGAAAGCUGCUCCCUACAGCAGCUGCUGCCGGAGGACGGGGGCAGAGGGAAGCAGCUCACGAGCUGGCGUGACCCAGACGGGGCUGAGCACUGCCCCGACACCUCUGGAGCCAUCGUGGAAGGACAGAGAAGCCGUGGAUGCCAGCCCUGCAGCCCUGCUGCCAGGGCACCGCGGCAGGCGAGCGGACACACCGAAGGCGGCUCCAGCCCGGACGCAGCGAGGCAGCAAAGGAAAAGGCUCAUCGUCAGCCCUGAGCCAGCCCGAGGCCCUCAGCCCCGAGAGACGCCAGGCCCUGGAGCGAUACCUGCAGCUGCGGAGCGCUGGCUGGAUCCAGGACCGCUCCGGCAAGUGGGUGAAGGACGAGAAUGCCGAAUUCGACUCCGACGAGGACGAGCCACCCGCGCUGCCGCCGGCCUGAGGGCCCCCCUCUGUCCCCCCGGUCCCCACGGGGAUGGUCCCCCCAGGCUGUCCCCAAGCCCCACCGUUAAUAGAGGCAGCUGGAGAGGACGGAGGUGUCUG